UCGAAAAUAGCACAACGUAAAGAUUCAAUAAACACGGGUACAAUUUUUCAUUUCAAGCCUACCGGAUAUUUUUUAACACACACGCGAAUUCAAAUUACCAAGCGGUGAUGAAUACGACAGCUAUUGAAUUGGAAAUUUAUAUAAAACGUGACAACUUCUUCGCCUCUGAAGCAAACGUUGAAUUAAAGAAGUUAUAUUAAGACGAAAGGUUGAUAUUAAGGGAGUAUUAGCCUAAUAGAAAGACGUUUAGACGUUCAAGCUACAAAGAUCCACAGAAUGUAAACAGAAAGGUAAUGGCGUAUAAAGAAUCCGUAUUUUGAUAACGAUAUCAAGGCUGAAAGAAGAGAAACGGCAAUAUAUUUACAUUAUCGAUACGGUACGAGUCUAAACAAGAGGGAAAAUACUUUCAAAUAAGCUGACUAAUACUACAAAGCAGAGAGCACCGAUUCAACUGUGUGAAUUGGUCCUUUAUCUUAUUCCUGGUGGAGAAUACUGCUAAACGCAGCCUUUGCUGGCACACAACGUACUGAGGACCGACUUUAAAAAUGACAAACAUUACCAAACUUAUGAUGAUCGAGAACAAUCCCAUUGAAGACCCGGCACACGACGUCGAUAUCCCAGAAGGUAUAACGCUGACCGUAAUCCUAGCUCUCUCAUUGGCCGGUAACGGGCUUGUGUGCUACUGUGGGCUCACGUCGACUCGCGCGCAGGCGAUGAACAAUUUUAUCGUUAAUUUAGCAUUCGCUGAAAUGUUCCUGGCAACACUCGUUCUGCCAGUUCACAUUCACAAACAGUUUACGGGCAGUUUUAGGUUGCUUAACACGAGCUUGUGUCGAAUUCUGCAAUAUUUUCAUACAGCCACGCUGGGGGUCGUCAACCUGACACUGACCAUAAUAGCACUGGAUAGAUAUCUGUCAAUUUUCAGACCGACGUCGAAGAUAACACUCCGCAAAGCCAAGUACAUGAUCGCGUUAUCCUGGUCGAUUCCGUUCCUGGUAACGAGCCCAAUAUUUCUCGAUCUUGCUGGCAAUUCAGGUCAAAUGCGACGGUUGUUGAUUCGUUGUAAUGACCUUAACUCUCGCAGCUCUGGUAAAUUCAACAAGCUUUACUCCGUUGUUCAAAUUGCACUAGUCAGCCUCGUUCCGAUGUGCCUGCUUGUCGGAGUGUAUUCUAUCAUGGUAAAAAGAAUCCUCCAAAUCGACGCCAGUCGUAAAAACCUGAAGAUGUCUCAGGCUCCUGGAACCAAGAAAUCUCCUUGUGGGACAUUCCGUGAGGAGGUACCCGUCGCUAAGCGACGAGCAUUGGUGAUGAAUUUCAUCGUCACGUGUUUGUUCCUGUUCUGUUGGACGCCCGUCGUGACUUCGUAUACGGUGCAAAUUUUACGAGGGUAUGAAGACCCGAGGGGGGAAUUGCUCUACAACCUACUAACCUACGUUGCUUUGGCUAACCUUGCGUGUAACCCAUUGGUGUAUUGCUUUUUCGACUCUGUGUUUAGAAAUCAUCUGUUGUGCUGCCUGAAGCAGAAAUUUAGCCCGCAGCAUGGACGCAACCUGAGAACCGGGGGGAACAAACCGUUAACUGAGGAUAAGCUGGGCGAGUUGAGCGUGAGUAAAAUUAAUUCGGAGUCAAACACGUGCUCUGACAAGGAACCGCUUCUGACGAAGAACGCGGGCCAGCCUCCAUCGGCGCGCGCAUCGUUGUUUAGUAAAGAUAAACUGGUCAAACUCGUUUGUAAUACGAGGCGCUACAGAAGCCUGGGACUGUCAAGAAGUUCAGAGAUAUAGUCAUCUUCAUCAACAAACUAAACUGUAGUGCGCAUGUGUCGCGCCUUCUCUGGCAUUAAAAAUGAUCUAGUAAAAAGCUUUAUUCUAUGAUAAGUGAAAGUCAAACUCGUGCUGUGCUUCGGUUAGAAAUCUUUCUGAAUGAAUGUUUUAGAAUCUUUCUGAGCAAUAACUCUAGUCGUUUUCAGAAGAAUUAUUAGAUAAAGAAUUAAAAGUUAAGAUUUGCAGUUCAUUAGGAUUAACCCUAAUCCUAAAUCUAACCCCAAUACUAACCUAGUCUCAAUAAAUUCGGGUAUUUAGGAUUUAGUGAACAUGGAAUUAUUACCGGUCUCGUUUACU